GUAGUCGUGCGGCGCUCCCAGCCCCUCCGCCGGCGCGGCAGGAAACCCCGUGCGGGCAGGCGCCGCGCUCUUUCGGGGAGCCGCCAUUCCGGGAGCAGGUCCUGGGUGCCUGCUUCGCCAUGCAGAUCUUUGUGAAAACCCUCACGGGGAAAACCAUCACCCUCGAGGUUGAGCCUUCUGAUACAAUAGAAAAUGUAAAAGCCAAGAUCCAGGAUAAGGAAGGCAUUCCUCCUGAUCAGCAGCGAUUGAUUUUUGCUGGCAAGCAGUUAGAAGAUGGACGCACACUGUCUGACUACAACAUUCAAAAAGAAUCAACUCUUCAUCUUGUGCUGAGACUUCGUGGUGGUGCCAAGAAAAGGAAGAAGAAGUCUUAUACUACUCCAAAGAAGAACAAGCAUAAGAGAAAGAAGGUUAAGCUUGCUGUGCUUAAGUACUACAAGGUGGAUGAGAAUGGCAAGAUCAGUCGGCUGCGCCGGGAGUGCCCCUCUGAGGAGUGUGGAGCUGGAGUCUUCAUGGCUAGCCACUUUGACAGACACUACUGUGGCAAGUGCUGUCUGACAUACUGCUUCAAUAAACCAGAAGACAAGUAAAUGUAAUAGAAAAAUAAAAAUUUGAAGUUCCA